AUUAUAAAGUGAGGUUAAAACCUACUCUGAGGUGAGGGCUAAAUGUUGGUUUUUGCCCUUUGUUUCUUACAAAUAAAACAUAUUCUUGUAGUGUUUGAGGAAACAGAGGUGAUUUUAUUUAUUUGGCUAUAAUAAUUGACACGUAUUGAGUACAUUUUUGUUAUUUGAUUAGGACUUGCUAGUCGCCGCGCAAUCUCUAGUUCCCUCACCGUCGCCGUCUCCAUUGAGCCUCAACCAUGGCCGGCGAUAGAGCCAUAAGCCUCGAGGAGAUCAAGACACAAUCAGUAGAUUUGGAACGGAUACCUGUAGAGGAAGUGUUGGAGCAGCUGAAAUGUACCAGGGCUGGACUGACUUCAGAGGAAGGAGCCCGUCGACUCCAAGUUUUUGGACCAAACAAACUAGAAGAGAAAAAGGAAAUACCUGAGAAGACAAAAGAUAGUUCAGGGGAACCAUGGCAGCUUAUUGGUUUGUUGCCUCUAUUUGAUCCUCCAAGGCAUGACAGUGCUGAAACCAUUAGAAUGGCUCAAAGCCUUGGCGUGGACGUUAAGAUGAUUACUGAUGAUCAGCUUGCCAUCGCCAAAGAAACUGGGAGGAGACUUGGAAUGGGAACGAACAGGUACCCUUCUUCCUCCUUGCCUUUUCUUCUUUUUUUGGGAAGGCCUUCCUCCUCGCUUUUUGAAGAUAAGGAUGCUUCAAUUGCUGCUGCUUUCCCUAUAAAUGAGUUCAUUGAGACCGCAGAUGGAUUUGCUGGAGUAUUACCAGAACACAAAUAUGAAAUUGUUAAGAGGCUGCAAGAGAGGAAACAUAUCUGUGGUAUGACUGGAGAUGGUGAUGCACCUGCUUUGAAGAAGGCUGAUAUUGGAAUUGCUGUUGCCAAUGCUUCAGAUGCUGCUAGAAGCGCAUCAGAUAUUGUCCUUACUGAACCAGGGCUUAGUGUCAUUAUAAGUGCGGUGCUAACUAGCAGGGCUAUUUACCAAAGGAUGAAGAACUACACAAUCUAUGCUGUUGCUGCUACCAUCCAUAUUGUGUUUAGUUUCCUUAUUAUUGCCUUGGUGUGGAAGUUUGACUUUGCUCCUUUUAUGGUCUUAAUUAUUGCCAUCCUAAAUGACGGGACAGUCAUGACAAUAUCAAGAGACAGAGUGAAGCCAUCUUCACAGCCUGACAGCUGGAAGCUGAAAGAGAUUUUCACUACUGGCAUUGUGCUCGGAGGAUACUUGGCCCACAUGACUCUAGUAUUUUUCUGGGCUAUAAGAAACACCAAGUUCUUCUCAGACAUGUUUUCUGUAAUUCUCCCUGAUAGUGUACAUAUUAAUAUUGUAUCUCAGUUUAAUUCUGAUGGUUUGUUUCUCUCUCAGACUCAAUAUGUCCGUGAUUUACUUGACAAGAGUGGUAUGGUUGAUUGCAAAGCAGUUUCCACUCCUUUAACACCUAAGCACAAACUUCAAGCUAAUGACAGUCCAUUAUGUUCAGAUGCUUCUCUUUAUCGUAGCUUGGUGGGAGCCUUACAGUAUUUGACCUUUACUCGGCCUGACAUUGCCUUUGCAGUAAAUCAGGUAUGUCAAUAUAUGCAUGUACCUACUGAGAAUCAUUUUCUUGCUGUGAAGCGUAUUUUACGCUAUUUGAAAGGUACCAUGCACCAUGGCCUACAAUUAUAUCAUGACUCUUUACCCUCUCUAAAUGCCUUUACGGAUGCUGAUUGGGCUGGUUGUUUGGAUACACGGCGUUCUACUUCUGGGUUUUGUCUGUUCUAUGGUCGUUCUCUUAUUUCCUGGUCUUCCAAGAAGCAAUCUACUGUUGCUCGUUCUCGUGCUGAGGCGGAAUAUCGAGCCCUUGCCAAUGCUGUUGCUGAAGUUCUUUGGGUAAAACAAUUAUUGGCUGAAUUGCAUCUUUUUCUUCCAUCUGCACCUACUGUCUUUUGUGACAAUCUUAGUGCUAUUUAUAUGACACUCAAUCCCAUUCAACAUCAACGAACCAAGCAUAUUGAGAUUGACAUUCAUUUUGUUCGAGAAAAAGUGGCUUCUCGCAUUGUUACACUUCAGCAUGUUUCUUCCUCUUUCCAGCGUGCUGACAUACUUACCAAGGCUCUCUCUGCACCAGCUUUUUGCUCUCAACGAUCCAAUUUGAGUGUGGUCUGCAACCCUGCUCAAAUUGCGGGGGGAUGAUAGUGUACAUAUUAAUAUUGUAUGUGAGGGUAGUCUAGUCUUUACACAAAUACAUGUGUAUAUAUAUACUGUAACCCUAUUUCAGUAUCAAUGAGAACGACUAUUGUCUUCACUCCCGAACCCACGGCAUGGUCCUUAUGGUAAUGAUCAGAAAAUUAUGGCAGCUUUAUACCUUCAAGUGAGUAUUGUGAGCCAGGCCCUUAUUUUUGUGACACGAUCCCCAAGCUGGUCCUAUGUUGAACGCCCCAGACUUCUGUUAG